CAAAGUUAGCUUGGAUAUAUUAUUUUUCUCUGUGUUUAUUUACCUUUCUGUUGCGUUUUGUACUAGAUUGGAUGAGAACAUUACCCUGACCUGUCUACAGUCAGCUUGAUUCCUGCAUUUUCUUGUGCUUAAGUAGUGUAUUACAACGUCUGGAUUAUAAACAUGCCAGGGGAAUGUUUUAAAUCCCUCAAGUGGGGAUUUGCAACCUAAGUCUUGUGGAAACAUUCCUACUGAAAUUGGGUUAUAUUAAACCUCCACAAAGUGUGGACUCACACUGUGGACAUUGCUCGCUUGUCCAAGUCAUCCACUUGUUUACUGGCAAGAAAUUCAGGAACUUUGCAUAUCCUCCUCCCCUCGCUCCUGGGUGAAAUUGACCCUUUGAUAAGUGUUGCUGUGGUCUGUGAAUCCCUUUGCUCUUGAGUGAUCAAAAUAAGUCUGAUGCAGGAUUUUAGGUGACUUGGAUGUUGUGAAAGAGAAUUUCAGGCGGGAGGUUAAAAUUCCUACAGCAGGAUAGGCAAAGAUAAGGGAUCUCUGUAUGCAAAUGCCCCCAGAGGAGAGAAUGGGAGCAGAACCUGCAGAAGUGUGGUGUGAAGAAAGAAUAAGUUAAUAUGUACAAGGAAGAGAGGAAGGAAGGAAAAAGGAUAUCUGGCAAGUAAUUUAUAAAUAUCAACAGAGAUGUGAGAGGCCAGCAUUCCAAGCACUACAAAUGGGGAGCUGGCACUCAUGUUGUCUCUGGUAGGCAAAUGGCCAUCCCUGUUCCUUGGAAUAUUAGUUAAUGUGGGAUGUAGUUGCCUUUGGAUACAGCUUGAGGGGUUGGGUGGGAAAGGGUGUUGCGAGUUACAGCAAGGUCUUGUAUCUGAGGAUACAGCCUCUGAUCUCAACCUUUGAUCUCUGCUGCAUCUGGGGUGGGGGAAGAGUUCAGCAAAUGGUUUUAAAAGCUGAGCAGGUCACUGCCAGGGGAGCCAGAAACAGGAGAGACACAGGAAGGAGAGUCCCAGUGGUACCCAUCUCUGCGGAAGAGAGAGCAUCCCACUGAACAGUGACUGUUGCAGGAGCAACCUCCAGCAGCCAACUCCUGAGUUGAGACACCAAACUACUGGCUGGAUACAGGAGAGAAGAGAAAGCAGAGGCUUUAACUUCAGUUGUGAAUGAGGUGUGUCCCUGGAGGUGGAAGCUGUGGGAGAACUUUGAGGGACAGCGUGAAGUAGAUUUUGCUUUGAAAUCUGGAUUGACCAUGUCUCCUCCAGUCUCUUCGGACCUGGGCUAUGUACCCCCUGAUGGCGGAUGGGGGUGGGCAGUGGUGUUUGGAGCCUCAAUCUCAGUUGGGUUUGCAUAUACCUUUCCUAAAGCUUUCACAAUCUACUUCAAAGAGCUCCAGGCUGUUUACAGCAUCUCCUACAGCCAGAUUGCCUGGGUAACGUCCAUCAUGUGUGCUACCACCUACGGAGGAGACUUUGACCUAAAAGCCGGAAUAUACAUGGAAUGGGUGAACGUAACCAGCGGGUGGAUGACCGUGAGGCUGCAGUGCUGUGGAGGUACGGGACUAGAGAGCAGCCGGAGACUUUGUCCCAUUAGCAGUAUUCUAGUAAACCGCUAUGGCAGCCGACCCGUGGUUAUGUUUGGAGGCCUGCUGUGUGGCAUUGGGAUGGUCUCAGCUGCCUUCUGCACCAGUAUCAUGCAGCUCUACAUCUGUGUGGGCUUCAUUACAGGACUGGGCCUUGCUCUCAACCUCCAGCCAUCAGUGAUAAUGAUAGGGAAAUACUUUCUGAAGAGAAGACCCAUUGCAAACGGCCUUGCUAUGGCAGGGAGCCCCGUGAUGCUUUGCACCCUGGCUCCUCUCAACCAGUUCCUUUUUGACAGUUUUGGCUGGAGAGGCAGCUUUUUAAUCCUUGGGGCAAUUUUACUGAACUGCUGUGUGGCAGGAGCUCUCUUCAGACCCAUUGGGCCAGGCACAACAUCAGUCAAAACUCAGGUGACCGUGGAAGGGAAGGGUGCUCUGAAACGAGACGUCACUGAAGAUGCCGUGGAAAUGAGCAGUCCCACAAACCUGCCCAUGAAGAACAAAACGGAAGAGGAAGGAGACAGGGACUGUUGUGAAAAAAUCAAUCAGUACCUUGAUUUUUCUCUCUUUAAGCACAGAGGGUUUUUAAUUUACUUGAUUGGAAACGUGCUCAUGUUCCUGGGCUUUUUUGCCCCCAUUAUUUUUCUGGCACCCUAUGCAAAGCACAUUGGCAUUGAUGAAUAUUCAGCCGCUUUCCUCCUUUCAAUCCUUGCUAUCGUGGAUAUAGUUGCCCGCCCUACCACUGGCAUCAUUGCAAACAGCAAGUGGGUGAGGCCACGGAUUCAAUACUUUUUCAGCUUCUCCAUCGCUUUCAAUGGCAUAUGCCACCUUCUGUGCCCCCUGGCUUCGAGCUACACAGGACUCGUCAUCUAUUCUGUCUUUUUUGGCUUGGCUUUUGGCAUGGUUUGUGCCAUGCUCUUUGAAACACUCAUGGACCUCGUGGGAGCUCCCCGGUUCACAAGCGCUGUUGGCCUGGUCACCAUUGCAGAAUGCUGUACAAUACUGCUGGGGCCACCUAUUGGAGGAACGCUUAUCGAUACCUUUGGGGACUAUAAAUACAUGUUCAUUAAAUGUGGAGUUGUGAUGGUCCUGGCAGGAACCUUUCUGUUCAUCAUGAAUUAUUAUAAUUAUCGCAUGCUUGCCAAGGAGGAAAAGGAGAGAAAAGCAAAAGAAGAGGAUCCUAAAACUGUAAGGACAGAAAAUGAAGGCAGAAAUAACUGGAUCAAAGAAACCACACAGGAUGGGCCUGAGCUGGAACCUUUGAGAGAGGAACAAGAAGAACCGAAGAAGGAAGUGAAUGGCAUAAUUGAGGUUUAAACCUGUUUUCAUGGGCUGAAUGGGAUAUUAUUUCUGGGUUAAGUGGAUGCCAGCUAUGAAAUCACACUAGGUUUUUAAAGUUUGCUCUAUGUUCUGCCAUGUACUUCUCUUCUUUGUUGUAGAAGACUAGAACAGAAACAAAUUUGGUUUAUUGUAAAGUGCUAGGACACAGUUCAGUAUCUGUACUACACCUCUACGUAGUGCAAGGCCAGUGGCCAUCAAAAUCAAUGCAGAGCUCUUCCAGCAGCCUAACAGGCUUUGCAUUGAGUACUGUGGUGGCUGGAUCUUCCCACCAUGCAGUCAAAACUCUUUGACUCUCUUUGGCUGCAGUGUUGGAAUCAUCCCAGGGAUAUGGUGCUGCCUUCCACUGGCAGCUGCACUGUGCUUUGCACCUCUGGCUCAUGGAAAUGUAAACUAGACUUUACACUCAUUUUAAAUACAACAUGAGAGAGCUGUGUGAGCAGAGCAAGGGCAGUACAUAUCUGUGCAUUCGGUGGCAGCAAGGCAGCCUGUUCCUCUGGCCAGAGCAUCCUAGGAAGGAACUAAUGUGGCUCGUCAUAGCUUGACCAGGGACUUACUCGGGGACCUCUGCAUUAGCAAAAUGCCUUGAUAAAGGUGAUGUUAUGCAGAUGUCAGCAUAACAAGGCCAGCAUGCUGCAGGAGUCUUUCUUCCAGGACUGAAAUUAUCUGGGACAGAAAUUCAGUCUUAGAGGGCUUAAACUUUGAACUAUAUUUGAUCAGUUCUUUAAAGUUUUCCUUAGGAGAUUACAAAAUCCUUAUUAUGUAUCUGAGUGCCUUACUGUUUUUAGCAUGCUUUUUCUUUACGACACCCUGGUGAGGCAGUAAGUGUUGUUACUAUUAAUUAAUCAUACAAUGGAAAACUGAAGCACAGAGGAGCUAUGGGCAUCAUUGCAUUGGUGAGUAAUGCUGAGGCAUGCCAGAGCUGAAAUGGGAUUCACUGCCCCAGAUUAGGUACCUGAAAGCACAGGUAUUGGGUGCCGAGCACAGGUGCCCUCCUGAUAGAAAAUGGGGAAAUACCAUGGAUAGUUGUACAUUAAACCACAGCCCUCUCUGCAAUCCAGCCUGCUUACUUUGUGCUUCAUAUUACUUGGGAUUAAUGAUUUUAAACACUGUUUUAGAGCUGUGACCUUGUGCCAUACUUCUUUACCCUGGUUGUGUUGCAUCCACCCUGGAGGGAAUCCAAACACAGCUGCCUCCCCUCCUUGUUUGGGCCGGGUUAGACACCUCCCUAUUGCUAGCACUGGAAUACCUGGUGGCUUCAUGCCGUCCUGGUGCAUGAAAUAGUUUCCCCAGGUUAGUGAUGCAGAGCUGGAGCUGAAGCCACAUGGAAAGCUCUUAUUCAGUGGUGAUAGUUUUGAGCUGGGAAGAUCUGGAUUCUAGCAGCAAGCAGUGAUAUGUUUUACGAUAAGUAGCUGUUGCCCAAGAGCCAUGGAUGCUGAGCAUGGCAUCACGUGGCUGAAUCCUCAGUGUUUUGUGGAUUUAGCUCCAAGUGACUGGAUAAAAAGAAGAACUCUUCAGGCAGAUCACCCAAAUCUGAUUUUUCUCUGCUGUAACAGUACUAUGUGAUCAGAUAGUAUUUUAUCAUGGCACUGUAUGCAAAGAAUGGAUUGUAAAAAUACUUUCAUAAAUACACUGUACUCUUAAAAUUUGAUCACUUCUAUCUCUGUGUACAAAAUCUUUUCUUUGAAAUCUUUUGUUCACUGAAGAAUAAUGGUCUUUGGCUGCUGAAUUCAGGAGGACUUAAAUUUUAUCCUUAUCUUGUAUUUUCUCUGAAAAAAAAAAAAUCUGAACAAUAUACUUAG